AUUUAACAUAAAUUUCUAGCAGAUAAACAAUUCUUUCUUCUUGACCAUCAUGAGAAUCUAUCCAAAUGCAGAUGUUUGGUUCUAUGUGGAUAAACCCGGCUGCUGGGGCAGCUAUCAAAAGUAUGGACCGCAUCACAGUUGGAAACUGCCCGGCAAGGAGUUUACGCCCAAGUACAUGUACUACUGGCGUGAUACCGAAGGCCACAAAAUGCGUGAUGUAAAACGCAAGGAUCUGUACUUUGACAACUGGCCCAAGUCAAGAAUUCGACCACAGGCCUGCCUGGGCAUGCUAUAUGCAACUGGUUAUCGCUUCAUAAAGCUCAGCAUGGCACCACCAGCUGGAUUUAAGUGUGCACCACUUCCAGUUAAUUUGGCUACCGCUAAACACGUUAAAGCCAAUCUAAAGAAAAUGAAGAAAAAGGAAAAGCAGGCACAAAAAAAGGCUAAAAAGGAAGCGGCAGAAAAGAAAAAAGCUGCGUUAGCGCAUAAGAAUAGAGGAGCUCCACGAGGAAGAAAUUAGAAAAUUUGGCAAAGCAUCUGA